UUAUGGGGUCACGGCAUUAGAAAGGUUGAGAACCACUGUUCUAGAAACAUUCUCGAUAACUUACAUGUUUAUUUCUAUGAAAGAUACCUGCAGAUUGUAGCUAUUAAUAUAAAUAUGCUAUCUGACUAAUCAAGUUAUUGUUGGAUGGGAUCUCACUGAGAAACAAAAAGAGAUACUGGCAUAUAGUAUCUCUAGAAACUGAAAGUGAAAUCAGAAAAUCAAGGCAGAUCUCACUUUUCUGAUUUCACUCUCAGUGCCCUGCAUGCCAGUAUCUCUUUUUGUUUCUCACUGAGAUCCCAUCCAACAGUAACUUGUUUGUCUUCCUUCGUCUUCAAAUACAGAUGUUUUUUGCUUUUGCAUUUGAUCGUUCCAAAGAAUUGGGAAAUUUAGAUAUUAUAGUUACAAACCCCAACAUUGUUUAAAUAAAAAAACAAACCCAUAUGUUUAUACAAUCAAAAUUUCUUUUCAGUUCCUUCAGUUGUGGAUAAAACAGACAGGUGAUUAAUCUGUGAAGGGAUGUUUAUAAUACAUUCCUCACCUUUUCCAGAGCUAAACCAUGGUGGGGAAGAGAGAACAGACUUGCUAAAACAUUUAAUAAUUCAUUUCACUUAAGUGUUUACAGCCUUUUUGCAAAAGUGCAGCAUUGAGAUGACUCCAAUGCUUUUCAGUAAAGUAUCGAAGUCCAGGUUCUCAUUUCAAAAGGAAAACAGAAAGACAAAUGGAUAGUACUUAUUAAGCAGCCGUCACUGAAACCAAAAUUUUACUCGGGAAAGUCUGCAAGAGCAAGUUUUUUUAAAAUAUAUAUUCCUAAAGAAAUUUGGAAGAAAACUACCAGCUCUCUCAUGGUCAUUUUUCUAAUGUAAAAUAUGAAAGCUGUGGGAAAGACAGUUCAAAAUCAGUUGAUGUUCCAAGGUACCAGCAGCCAUAGGAUGCCAACUUUUAAUUUCUAUCAGUCACAUGGAAACUAAUGUUAAACAACAACAUGAAUACUCUGGAUACUGAGAAGAUAUUCCGCUACUGCAUCUUCCUGGAAUCUCCUGUUGAGACAGCUGACUUAAAACAUUGCAAGCAUCUCCUGAUUUCAUCAAAAUAUAGCCACAAAAUCAGAAUUAUUUCUGGAUUUUAUGAAUUUUUCACACACUUUGGCAUGGGUGGAGAUAUACAGUGGUGAUCUCGAGAAAAAAACAAGCAUUCCCAAGAUUCAGGCAGCUGUGCAAUACAUAUUUAUCUGGAAAUAAACCCAGCUCAAAAAAACCUUGACUUUUCCCUUAAAUAAAUAUAAUUAGAGCCUAAGAAGCAGUCAACAAGAUGAAAGAAAUCCAGAUGUGCUUGUGUGUCACCUUUCUAUUUGCAUUUGGAAUAGUUUAUGAACUGUCUCAAGAACCAGUUUGCUUCUUUUUCUGCAAUCCAAUUUCCAAACAUUUCCUGAGGCCCAAAGAUGUCAUGACCCAGGGCAGAAGUAUCAUCUUCCUGGAAACAACGGAUCAUCUGCAAUCUUCCCCACUUGUUUUAUGUUCUGUGGAAUCUGCUGCCAGAGUUUAUCCAGACAGGCCCAUCAUUUUCUUUAUGAAAGGACUGGACAACAACACAUUGCCAGAUAUAAAAUCUUCUUACCCCUCACUUUACUUCUUAUCAACUAUGAAGAAUGUUUUCCUUUUCCCUCUUCAGGAGGACAUUUUAUUCCAGGACACGCCUCUAUUGUCAUGGUAUCUUCAGGUCAAUACAACAAAGGAGAAAUAUUGGACCUAUAUUAUUUCUGAUGCAAUCAGACUCGCAGUAAUGUGGAAAUAUGGAGGAAUUUAUAUGGACACUGAUGUUAUUUCCAUCAAACCUAUCCCAGCAGUUAAUUUUUUGGCAGCUCAGUCUUCCCAGUUCUCCAGCAAUGGGGUCUUUGGUUUUCAGCAUCAUCAUUGGUUCAUCUGGGAUUGCAUGAAUGAUUUUGUUCAUAAUUACAAUGGAGACAUCUGGGGAAAUCAGGGACCUUACUUAUUUACAAGAAUACUAAAGAAGCAAUGCAAUCUUAGAAAUUUUGAGAAUGUGGAAGACCACAUAUGCUACAAUAUUUCCUUUUUGCACCCUCAACGUUUCUAUCCCAUUCCUUUUAAAACAUGGGAAAAGUACUAUGAAGUAUGGAUCACAAAGCCAGAGUUCAAUCAUUCCUAUGCUUUGCACUUAUGGAACUUCAUGAACCAGAAAAAGAAAAAGAAUAUGACCAUUGGAAGCCACACACUUGUGGAAAACUUGUUCAGAACAUAUUGUCCGAGUACAUAUAGAUUCGAGCUACACAAGACACAGUUGCCCCAAAAUAAAACUAAUUAAGGUUGUAAUCCGGUUGCUUUUGUAAUAGUUCUCCAAGAACCUUGGGAAUCCCUUCCUUUCUUUUUAUUCCAGUCUCUGAUGCUGAAUAUUUGAAAGGCCAGGAAAUCAAGACCUCCAAAAACCAUAAGAAAGCAAGAAUAGUAUAUGCACAGUGCUGGAAAAAUGAGAAUAUACCAUCAGGGGAAGAAGUGAUAAGAAAAAUCCUGGAUUGUGCUGAGAUGGACAAAUUAACAAAAGAGAUAAAAGAAAAGGAAGACACA